AUGAAGACUGACUCACAAAAAGAAAGAUUUAAGACUGACUCACAACAAGCAAGAUUUAAGACUGACUCUCAACAAGAAAGAUUUAAGACUGACUCACAACAAGGAAGAUGUAAGACUGACUCUCAACAAGAAAGAUUUAAGACUGACUCUCAACAAGAAAGAUUUAAGACUGACUCACAACAAGAAAGAUUUAAGACUGACUCACAACAAGACAGAUGUAAGACUGACUCACAACAAGGAAGAUGUAAGACUAACUCGCAACAAGAAAGAUGUAAGACUGACUCUCAACAAGAAAGAUGUAAGACUGAAUCGCAACAAGACAGAUGUAAGACUGAAUCGCAACAAGACAAAUAUGUAAGACUGACUCACAAACAAGAAAGAUUUAAGACUGACUCACAACAAGAAAGAUUUAAGACUGACUCUCAACAAGACAGAUGUAAGACUGAAUCGCAACAAGACAGAUGUAAGACUGACUCUCAACAAGAAAGAUGUAAGACUGACUCUCAACAAGAAAGAUGUAAGACUGACUCUCAACAAGAAAGAUGUAAGACUGACUUUCAACAAGAAAGAUGUAAGACUGAAUCGCAACAAGACAGAUGUAAGACUGACUCUCAACAAGAAAGAUGUAAGACUGACUCUCAACAAGAAAGAUGUAAGACUGACUCUCAACAAGAAAGAUGUAAGACUGAAUCGCAACAAGACAGACAAAGAUGUAAGACUGACUCACAACAAGAAAGAUGUAAGACUGACUCACAACAAGAAAGAUUUAAGACUGACUCUCAACAAGCAAGAUUUAAGACUGAAUCGCAAAAGAAAGAUUUAAGACUGACUCUCAACAAGAAAGAUGUAAGACUGGCUCUCAACAAGCAAGAUGUAAGACUGACUCACAACAAGCAAGAUGUAAGACUGAAUCGCAACAAGACAGAUGUAAGACUGAAUCGCAACAAGACAGAUGUAAGACUGAAUCGCAACAAGACAGAUGUAAGACUGAAUCGCAACAAGAAAGAUGUAAGACUGAAUCGCAACAAGAAAGAUGUAAGACUGACUCACAACAAGCAAGAUGUAAGACUGACUCUCAACAAGAAAGAUGUAAGACUGACUCUCAACAAGCAAGAUGUAAGAUUGACUCACAACAAGCAAGAUGUAAGACUGAAUCGCAACAAGACAGAUGUAAGACUGAAUCGCAACAAGACAGAUGUAAGACUGAAUCGCAACAAGACAGAUGUAAGACUGACUCACAACAAGCAAGAUGUAAGACUGAAUCGCAACAAGCAAGAUGUAAGACUGACUCUCAACAAGCAAGAUGUAAGACUGACUCACAACAAGCAAGAUGUAAGACUGACUCACAACAAGAAAGAUUUAAGACUGACUCUCAACAAGCAAGAUUUAAAGACUGACUCUCAACAAGCAAGAUUUAAGACUGACUCGCAACAAGACAGAUGUAAGACUGAAUCGCAACAAGACAGAUGUAAGACUGACUCGCAACAAGAAAGAUUUAAGACUGACUCUCAACAAGCAAGAAUUAAGACUGACUCACAACAAGACAGAUGUAAGACUGACUCACAACAAGAAAGAUUUAAGACUGACUCUCAACAAGCAAGAAUUAAGACUGACUCACAACAAGACAGAUGUAAGACUGACUCGCAACAAGACAGAUGUAAGACUUACUCACAACAAGAAAGAUUUAAGACUGACUCUCAACAAGCAAGAUUUAAGACUGACUUACAACAAGACAGAUGUAAGACUGACUCGCAACAAGACAGAUGUAAGACUGACUCGCAACAAGACAGGUUUAAGACUGACUCUCAACAAGCAAGAUUUAAGACUGACUCUCAACAAGCAAGAUUUAAGACUGACUCGCAACAAGACAGAUGUAAGACUGAAUUCGCAACAAGACAGAUCAAGAAAUUAAGACUGACUCACAACAAGACAGAUGUAAGACUGACUCACAACAAGAAAGAUUUUAAGACUGACUCUCAACAAGCAAGAAUUAAGACUGACUCACAACAAGACAGAUGUAAGACUGACUCGCAACAAGACAGAUGUAAGACUUACUCACAACAAGAAAGAUUUAAGACUGACUCUCAACAAGCAAGAUUUAAGACUGACUUACAACAAGACAGAUGUAAGACUGACUCGCAACAAGACAGAUGUAAGACUUACUCACAACAAGAAAGAUUUAAGACUGACUCUCAACAAGCAAGAUUUAAGUCUGACUCACAACAAGCAAGAUUUAAGACUGACUCGCAACAAGACAGAUGUAAGACUGACUCACAACAAGACAGAUGUAAGACUGAAUCGCAACAAGACAGAUGUAAGACUGACUCACAAUAA